AUGAUGCUCCCUCAAGUCUUCAUUUCAGCAUUCAUACUCCUCCCAGCUGCUUCAGGCUCAUUCCCGGAAGUAUAUGGAAUGGGGGGUGACCCUGUGACGCUGCCAUGUUUUUAUCCUGAGUCUCGUGUACUCUCAUUCGUGUGCUGGGGCCGAGGCGAAUGUGCUUCUGAUACAUGUGGACAAACACUUGUCUGGACUGAUGGAAACCGAGUCCACUACCGGACAAGCGGCCGCUACCAGAUAAACGCGCAGCUUCUUCAAGGAAAUGCUUCCUUGACAAUCGAGGAUGCCUAUGAGAGUGACAGCGGCCUCUUUUGCUGUCGAGUGGAAAUGAAGGGAUGGGAUGGUGUGCAGACACUGACCACCUCACUGCAGGUUCGACCAGGAAGCAAUUCGACCAGGAAGAAAGGCCUUGCUAUCGGACUCUCCAUUUUCUUGCUGCUUCUAGUUCUCGUGAGCACCUUAGUGAUCACAAAUUACAUCCUUAUGAAAAAGAGGCCAGGAUCUCCAAGCCUGGUAUCUUUAUGUGUUUCUAAGACCAGAACUUUACUAAAUAAAGAGGUUGCGUGA